GGAUCACUUCCACAUUUGCUUGCACGUCCUCUCUCUCUCUCUCUAAACUACACAAUAAUCCAUCUGUCAGCAUUUGUCGGCCCCAUAUUAUAAUCCUCUCUCCCUCUAUAUUAUUGUUCUCAUCAAUCUCUCUCUCUCUCUCUCACCACCAUCUCCGCCGCCAUGAACGCCGGAUUCACCCGCCACCGCUUCGCCAACGACCUCGACGACUCCGAUUACUCCGCCAGCAACAGCGGCGGAGAUUCCCCGCGCUCCAAGAUCGCUUCCACUUCCUCCUCCAAGAGAAGUAGGAGAGCUACACAGAAGAGAGUUGUGUCAGUGCCGAUCAAGGACGUUGAGGGAUUAAGGCAGAAAGGUGAUCAGAUUGGAUCUCCGCCGUCCGAUUCUUGGGCGUGGAGGAAGUACGGCCAAAAGCCAAUCAAAGGCUCCCCAUAUCCGAGAGGAUAUUAUAGGUGCAGUAGCUCAAAAGGAUGUCCAGCAAGAAAACAAGUGGAGAGGAGUCGAUUGGACCCUAAAAUGUUGGUGGUGACGUAUUAUUGCGACCACAACCACAAUUGGCCGGUUUCCAAGGCCGGCCACCACAAAACCACCGCCGCCAGAAACGUCAAAACUCCGAUUUCGGAGGAGGAUGAAGAAGAGGAAGAGGAAGGCGGGGAGGAAGAAGUGGAGAAGAAGCCUACGGUUAAUCUUUCCGAUCAAUCUCACGAGGAAUCCGAAUUCACGGCGGCGGAGAACAAAUUCAGCAGUAGCAUUAACGGCGGCGAAGGGAUGUUCAUCCAAAACGGCGAAUUCGGAUGGUUUGCUGAUUUCGAAUCGGCAAAUUGCACUAUGUUGGAGAGCCCGAUGCUGGCGGAGGACAGGAUUAGUGCCGACAGCGAGAUGGCGAUGAUUUUCACGAUGAGGGAGGAGGAUGAGUCGCUCUUCGCUGAUCUCGGCGAGUUGCCGGAGUGCUCCACCGUGUUCCGCCGUGGGAUGGUGGAGAGAGAGGCGGAGCAGAGGCGGCCGGGAUUGGCGACCACCGGCUGAGAUGGCGGGUGAUGUGACUUAGAUUUUUAUUUAUUUUUAAUUAUUAAAAAAGAAAUGUUGAGGGAAGGUUCUUUUGUAAUUUUUUAAUGUUAUUUUACUACUAUUUGUCAACAGGGUAGAGGUUAGAAAAUGAUUUGUUUGUUUGGGUGGUUGAAGUCAUAAAUUAAAUCUCCUUGUAAUUAACACCA